AUGGCGAAGAUCAAGUCCGUCGAGUAUUUUCGACUUCCGCCUCGAUGGCUGUUCGUCAAGAUUACUGAUGAGGAAGCGAAAGUGGGCUGGGGCGAGGCGUCACUAGAGGGACAUACGCAGGCUGUGGAGGGGUGUUUGGACGCGUAUAGGGCUCGCAUUGUUGGGUUAGACGCCGACGACAUUGAACAUAUCUGGCAGUUGAUAUAUCGAUUUGGGUUCUAUCGAGGCGGGCCGGUCAUGAUGAGUGCACUUUCCGGCAUUGAUAUCGCGCUUUGGGACCUCAAAGCUAGGAGACUAGGCGUGCCGAUCUACCAGCUGCUGGGAGGAAAGGUAAGAGACGCGCUGAAGGUAUAUGCCUGGAUUGGCGGCGACCGACCCGACGACGUUGAGAUCCAAGCGUGCGUAUUGUCUCGCUUCUCCGAGACCGACCCGCAAAAACUAAACGGUGAUAGCAAAGGUCGACAAGCGCAAGGGUUCAAAGCAGUCAAGAUGAACGCCACCGAAGACAUCGGCUGGAUGGACUCCCCCUCCGCCUUGGACUCCUGCGUCGAAAGGCUCAAGGCCGUCAAAAGCCUCGGCAUGGACGCCGGCAUCGACUUCCACGGCAGGGUCCACAAGCCUAUGGCCAAGCAACUCGCAAAACUGCUAGAGCCGCACCGACCAAUGUUCAUUGAGGAGCCCUUGCUCUCCGAGAACAUCGAAGGGGUCAAAAACCUCGCGCAACACACCUCCACGCCCAUCGCUUUAGGCGAGCGUCUCCACAGCCGGUGGGACGUAAAGCCCUACCUUGAGUCUGGCACGGUGGAUAUCCUGCAGCCGGACGUCUGCCAUGUGGGCGGUAUCUCCGAGCUGAGGCGUAUAGCGACGAUGUGCGAGACUUAUGAUGUCGCGUUGGCGCCGCAUUGUCCACUGGGACCUAUUGCGCUUGCUGCCUGCGUGCAGGUUGAUGCUUGUUCGGCGAACUUUGCGAUCCAGGAGAUGAGUUUGGGGAUUCAUUAUAAUGCGGGAACGCAGGACUUGACAAGCUAUACGAAGAAUCCCGAGGUGUGGGAUGUGAGGGGUGGUUAUAUUGCAUUGAUGGGUGGGCCGGGGCUGGGAGUUGAAAUUGACGAGGAGAUGGUGAGGAGGUUGGCCCAGGAUGCCGAGCCGUGGGUUUCCCCGGGGUUUAUUGGGCCGGGGGGAGAAGUGAGAGAAUGGUGA